GCGUGCGCGCCGUCUUUCGCUGCUGCGUCGCCAGUCUCUGCGCGCGCCGCCGCCGGGCAGCGUCGCCAUGGCCACCGGCCGCCCCGCCUCCCGGAAGCACUCCUGCCGGGGGCGGGCUGAGGGCGGCCACUUCCGGGAGCCCAGCCGUCACCGUCGGCCAAUGGCGGGCCGGGGCCGGGGCGCGGGGCCGGGCUCCCGGCGUGCUGCGCGGCGCGGUCGCGGCUCGGGAGACGCCGGGCUCAUGGCGCGGCUAGCGGGGUGGCCGCUGCUGCUCUGCGCGCUGAUGGCGCUGGCGGGGCCCAGCUCCGCGGAGGCAGGCGACGGGGGAUGGCGGCGGGGCGGGCCAGGGCCGCCGGAGGAGGCACUGUGCACCGUGGAGCGCCGGGCCGACCUCAGCUACGCCGAGUUCGUGCAGCGCUACGCCUUCCAGAGACCCGUGGUCCUGCGAGGGCUCACGGACAACUCGCGGUUCCGCGCCCUGUGCUCCCGCGAAAAGCUGCUGGCCUCGUUCGGGGACCGCGUGGUCCGGCUGAGCACCGCCAACACCUACUCCUACCGGAAGGUGGACCUGCCCUUCCAGGAGUACGUGGAGCGGCUGCUGCGGCCCCAGGACCCCACCUCCCUGGGCAAUGACACCCUGUACUUCUUCGGCGACAACAACUUCACCGAGUGGGCGUCUCUGUUCCGGCACUACGCCCCGCCGCCCUACGGCCUGCUGGGCACGGCGCCCGCGCACAGCUUCGGCGUGGCAGGCGCGGGCACCGGGGUGCCCUUCCACUGGCACGGGCCCGGGUAUUCGGAGGUCAUCUACGGCCGCAAGCGCUGGUUCCUGUACCCGCCCGAGAAGACGCCGCAGUUCCACCCCAACGAGACCACGCUGGCCUGGCUCCGGGACACGUACCCAGGCCUGGCCCCGGCCGCGCGGCCGCUCGAGUGCACCAUCUCCGCGGGCGAGGUGCUGUACUUCCCGGCCCGCUGGUGGCACGCCACGCUCAACCUGGACACGUGCGUGUUCAUCUCCACCUUCCUGGGCUAGCGCUCGUGCUCACGGACUUUAUUGCAGGACAGGGGCGGCGCCGGGGCGGGGGCGGGGCCUUGCAGGGGCUCAGUAGUCCUCCACCCAGCCGUUCUCCGAGAUGAACGCGUCGAUGACCUCCUUCAUGGCCAGGUUGGGGAUGAGCUGCUCCUGGGUCAGGGGGCUCCGGGUCACGGGGUCAAAGUGGCCCACGCGCUGCGGGGACAGCGGGGUCAGCGGCGCGGCGGGGCGGGGCGCCCAGCCGGGCCGCCGCGGCCGCACCCACCUGCAGGUGCUCCUCGAUGUCCUUGCGGUCGUAGGUGAUGCCGCUGGGCGUGAUGCAGGGCUCCCGCAUCAGCUCGAAGCUGAUCUUGCCGCACAGAUAGUCGGGGACGUCGCGCCUCUGCACACAGGGCGCGCUCAGUGGGCGGGCGGCCGGCACCUGCCCACGGGCCCCGCCGACAAGGCUCACCUUUCUCUUCUCGUCCACUUGCGAGAAGAGCUCGUCCAUGUCGGCCAAGUACUUGUCCUGGAAGAAGCGAGGGGGCGCUGCCCCGGGGCCGCACACGGCCCUCCCCCGGCCCAGCGCCGCCUGCCCCGCCGCCCCCGCCGCCCCCGGGGCCCGCGCCCGCCGGCCGGGCCGCCCUCACGUGCUUGGCCUCAAUGCAGGCCUGCUGGGCGCGGACGUGGCCGUCGUCCUCGUCCCCCUCGUGGCUCCGCUGGCACUCCUCCAGCUCCCUGCGGGCGAGCGGCCGCGCGUCAGGACCCGCCCCGCCCCGCCCCGCCCCGCUGUCAAUAAACGCGCGGAGGGGCCCACCUCUCGCGCUCGGCCGCGAUGA